CAGUACAUUGGGCUUAGUGGGACGAACUUACUACACUGCAGGUCCAAAAAGUGUAGGUAAGCACUAUCUGGGAUCUAGCAGGGACAGGAGGAUCCAAGACCAUGUGUCUUCUAUGUACCCUACCAAAAUCUUCAACAUCUAUAAGGAGUACAUACUUAUUAUGGACUAUCUGAAGAAGAACCUUUCUGAACUGCUCAUACAUCUGUCCCAGAAGAGCACAGGAAGGAAGAAGAGUGGGGAAGUGGAGGAGGCAGGGUUACAUAUGUAGCAAAAGAGCUAACCACUUAAUCUUAAAUGUGUUCUACAAUAAGGGUUAACCUCUUUGUGUGCUGAUAGUAAGGAUGCAAGGGAAUGGUUGUGCUUUAGAGAGUGUGGUGGUUUUAUGGUGCACAUUGCAGAUCUUACAUCAUCAGGAGAAGCUCCACAUAGACAAUAAGCAUCCAGAGGAAAUUCUUCCAUACAUAUGCUGCCCUGCCACCCUGGAGGCACUUACCUCCUGCUGGAGCUACAUACCUCCUCUCUGCCUUCCUCUCUCUGCUGCUCACUAACUUUAGCUGCUCUUAUCUAUGUGAUGCCACAGUCAGAUCAUCCACCUACCUGCACCUUAUAAUCUGGAUCCUACAGAGUCCAUCACCCGACCACCCUGGUGUCUGAUGUACCAUGGGGGAUCUGACCGCCUUGCUUUUCGUGACUUCUCUCCUCAUGGUAGACUAUAGUAAAGCAGCGGAUGCAGAAGAGAGAUUAAUGGACACCCUUUUAAGGAAAGAUAGAUAUAAUAAACUCAUCCGCCCGGCUUAUAAUAAUACACAGCGGGUCUCCAUCCUGCUCCAGUUGUCACUGGCUCAACUCAUCAGCGUGAAUGAGCGAGAGCAGAUCAUGACAACAAAUGUGUGGCUCAAUCAGGAGUGGGUAGAUUAUCGCUUGACCUGGAAUCCAGCUGAAUAUGAUGGCAUCAGGAAGCUUCGCAUUCCAUCGAAACAGAUCUGGCUCCCAGACAUUGUGCUUUACAAUAAUGCUGAUGGAACAUAUGAAGUCUCCCUGUUCACCAACGCCAUUGUUCAGAAUAAUGGAAGCAUUGCUUGGCUUCCUCCAGCCAUUUACAAGAGUGCAUGCAAAAUUGAAGUUAAGCAUUUCCCCUUUGAUCAGCAGAACUGCACUUUGAAAUUUCGUUCCUGGACCUACGAUUAUACAGAAAUUGAUCUUGUUCUUGGCACUGACUCUGCCAGUAUGGACGAUUUCACACCAAGUGGAGAAUGGGAUAUUAUUAAACUUCCUGGAAGGAGAACCAUAAACCCUCUAGAUCAAACCUAUGUUGAUGUCACCUAUGAUUUUAUUAUCAAGAGAAAGCCUCUGUUUUAUACCAUUAAUUUGAUCAUACCCUGCAUCCUUAUUACAUCAUUAGCAAUAUUGGUGUUUUACCUGCCAUCUGACUGUGGACAGAAGAUGACCUUGUGUAUCUCUGUUCUUCUAGCACUGACUGUUUUUCUGCUUUUAAUUUCUAAAAUUGUGCCGCCAACUUCUCUCGAUGUCCCACUUAUUGGAAAAUACUUGAUGUUUACUAUGGUACUGGUGACAUUUUCCAUAGUGACUAGUGUCUGUGUCCUCAAUGUCCACCACAGAUCUCCUAGCACGCACACAAUGCCUCAAUGGGUAAAAAACUGUUUUUUGGAAAAACUUCCAGCCUUCCUGUUCAUGAAACGUCCAGAACAAAACCCAUCUGGUCAAAAACCACGAGGACAACUGUGGACAAAACAGACGGACCCAUGUAAAAACUCUUCUUGUCUUGUUAAAGGUGCAACAUCAAGGCCAUAUGAUCAGAGGGUUAAUGAACAGGCGGAGCAUCAUAGAAGCCAAGAUUUCCGAUACAGACAGUCAAGGAAGUUCUCUCCACAGGUUCAAGAAGCAAUGGAGGGUGUGAGCUUUAUAGCAGAUCACAUGAAAAGUGAUGAUGAAGACCAAAGUAUUAUUGAAGAUUGGAAGUAUGUAGCCAUGGUUGUGGACAGACUCUUUCUAUGGAUUUUCAUCAUUGUAUGUGUCGUAGGGACUGUUGGACUUUUCAUGCAGCCACUUCUACAUCACCAGGCACCAACUGGAAGUCACUAGAGGGCUGAAUGCUGGGCAAUAGUUCUUCAAUAAUGACAAUGCUUCCUAAGUUCUAUCCUUGCUGGAGUCCAAAGGAUAACUGUUAUUUAUUUUCUAUGACUACAUCCAUGUAGAUUUCUCAUAUAGCUUACUUUGGAAUGUCUGAACUUGCUUUUAUUUAUAUCCAAUAAAGAUUUUUUUAUGAUGAAACUGUAGCAUUCAAAUAGUAAUGCCUUUUUUCCUGUUUGAAAGGAUUUCAUUCAAACAUAUCAUAUGUGUCAAGUCAUAAGAGUCUGGCAGAUGGGAAUCCUAGCCCUGUUUUUAGUCAUAGUUGCCCUACU